AUGCAAUAUUUGAUUGAAAGUGAUUUUAAAAAUCCCUGGUCUUGGUACUUGGACUGCGAGGAGGACUUGUAUAAUAUCCUUGGCACCGAUCCCGUGUACGGUUUGUCUACGUCCCGUGCAAAACAACUGCUACUUUACCAUGGACCAAAUACGCUCACGCCUGCGACUCAGAACGGAUGGUUACGUGUGUUAUUUACUUCACUGUGUACAGGUUUUUCUAUUUUGAUUUGGUUCGGAGCUUUAUUGUGCCUUCUCGCUUACGUAAUAGAGACGACAAUGAAGACGAAUGCUAGCAAAGAUAACCUAUACUUAGGAUGCGUUUUAGUUGGCGUGGACGUAAUUUGCGGUUUGUUUAGCUUUUACCAAAAGUUUAAGAGUACAAAGGUUGAUAACUCAUCGUUAACUGGCGAGUGCGUUGCAGUACCUCGUGGCAAUUUCGAAGGCACCGCUAAUAUACUUGAGUCACCCAAUGUUGCAUUCUUUUCUACGAUGUGUGUGGAAGGAACAGCCAUAGGUGUGGUGUUGUGUUGCGGCGACUUGACAGCAUUAGGGCGUGUAGCGGGGCUGGCAGCUCGACUUCAGCCAGCUCCGUCGCCACUGUCCAAGGAGAUCACUCGCUUCAUGCGCUAUGUGUCCGCUUGGGCAUUAUGUUUAGGGAGCUUCAUAGCCGGGGCUUCAUUAGCGAUGGGUUAUCCAUUCAUGCAAACUUCCAUAUUCGUCAUUGGGAUAAUAGUUGCAAAUGUACCUGAAGGUGGGUGUCUUCAGCCUACCAUUACGGCGUCACUGACACUGACGGCUCAGAGAAUGGUGAAAAAAAAUUGCCUGAUCAAAAACCUAGAAGCGAUAGAAGCCAUGGGCGCUUGCACAACUAUUUGUUCAGAUAAAACUGGGACACUGACAGAAAAUAAAAUGUGCGUACAACAUAUCUGGAUAUCCGACAAAAUAUAUUCAGUAUCUGAACCGGAUUUAUUAACUUUUAAUGCAUUAAAAAUAUGCGGAAUGCUGUGUAGUACAGCGACACUAAAAGUAGGAGGUAGAAUAAGUGGAGAUGCCUCCGAAACGGCCAUAUUGAGUUUUUUAGGAAAAUACGAUGAUUUGACUUUGGUCAGAAAAAAAUAUCCGAAAGUUGCUGAAAUACCAUUCACGUCUGUUAACAAAUAUCAAAUGAGCAUACACCAAGACAAAACAUCGUCACAAUAUUUGUUGGUUUUGAAAGGAGCACCAGAAUAUGUGCUAAAUCACUGUGCUACGAUUGCUUUGGGAAAGGAUAAUGUAACUCUUACACAAUCUAUUGGCGAAACAGUAUAUAAAACGAUCGAUAAUUUGGGAAAUACUGAAGAAAUGAAUUUUCCAACUGAAAAUUUACGUUUUCUUGGUAUAAUGGGCCUUAUGGAUCCACCUAGAGAAGAGGUUUCGAAACAAACAGCUGAUAUAAUUUUAAUGGACGAUAACUUUACCACCAUAGUCACGGGAAUAGAAGAGGGUAGAAAAAUAUUUGAUAAUUUAAAAAAGUCCGUUUGCUACAUCCUUAUUUCAAAUGUACCCGAGAUAAUGCCCGUUUUAAUGUUCAUCCUAUUUUCUAUACCAUUACCAUUGGGAGUGAUGACAAUACUGUGUGUAGACCUAGGAACGGACAUGUGGCCAGCGGUAGCGUUGUCACAUGAGAAAGCGGAAGCAGACGUAAUGGAUAGACUACCGCGAACUUCUGACCCAUUAGUGUCCCCGCGUAUGCUAACGCUCGUGUACUGCCACCUCGGUAUGAUAGAGUUCGCCGCUGGCAUCAGAGCUCAAUGGGACAAUGAAGCGGUGAGCGAUGUCAAAGAUUCCUUGGGUCAGGAGUGGACAUAUGCUGAGCGCAAGGAGGUGGAACGCGCUUGCCAGGCAGCUUACUUCGUUGCUGUGGUGAUGACACAAAUGAUGAAUGGCAUAAUCUGCAAGACUAGAUACAACUCGAUAUACCAUGUUGGUUAG